AUGAAGUCUUCUGUAUUUCUCAUAACAGCCGCGCUUUCCUUGACUGCACUUGCACAUGGAGGCAUUGACGAGUACAUCACUGGUGAUGAAGUAUACCAAGGUUGGCAACCAUACAACGACCCAACCGGACAAAAGAGUAUACAGAGACAGUACUCAUCCUAUGAUCCCCUGUUGAUCAAGGAUCUCACGACUGUGAACAUACGAUGCAAUAACAAAGGAUUAUUAGGCACCGGUGUGACAGGCACUGUUGCCGCAGGCGCCAAACUGACAACCCACUGGAAGCAAUGGACCCAUAGACCAGCCACAUUUAUGGUCUACAUGGCCAAGUGCCCCGGUUCAUGCAACAGCUGGGACGGCUCAGGCAAAGUCUGGUUCAAGAUCUUCGAGCAAGGUCUCAUAUCCGGGACCGAAAACGCCGGUAUCUGGGCCGGCGACGCCAUCUUCGAAACCCUCAACGCAACCAUCACCGUCCCCAAUGGGCUAGCCGGCGAGUACAUGUUCAGACACGAACUCAUUGCCCUGCACCAGGCAAACAAUCCCCAAUUCUAUCCAGAAUGCGCCCAAUUCACCGUUACGGGCUCCGGCACCGCAUCGCCUCCUGCCUCCUACUUAGUGUCAUUUCCUGGCGCGUAUACGGGGACGGAACCCGGUCUUGCGUUUGACAUUGACUCGGAGGAGGCGAAGAAAGCGACCAAGUAUCCUUUGCCCGGGCCGCCGUUGUGGGAUGGGACUAGUAGUGGUAAUGCGACUAUGCCUGGGUCGGCGGCACCUUCGACAGCGGCUAUGAAGCAGCGUAGUACUGGUACUUCGGGGCGGCUGCGCCGACAUAGGAAGUCUUAG